AUGGAAGGGAAAAGGCGGGAAUCUGCCGAGGAGGAAGCUAAUACAUUUACCAAGAUGAAAACUGCUUUAGGACGCAUUUCCAUUGAGAUGAAACAUAGCCAGUCUGAAAUUUUAACUGUACCUACGGAAAAUCAUCUAAGUCUUGUUGGAAUUUCCACAACAGAUAAAGGACUUGCAUUUAACUCUGAAAAGCAUAAUCUUAAGAUUGAUUUACUAAAUAAACCAGUUGAAAAAGGAGCCCUUUGUAGUCAAGAUACUAAUUUAAAUUGCACAGGUGAAACUGCAGUUGAUCAUUUGAAACAUACGUUUAACAGGGAAAAUGAAAACAUAGUGCUAGAGGUAAAAAUGCAGCCAACACAAGAUUAUUGUGAUGAAGAUCUUGGAAAAUAUGAAAAAUUACCCGAAGAGGCUUCUUCAGAAGCAGCAAGAUGUGCAUAUUUACCAGAACUGCAACUACAUUCAUGCAGUGUUCAAUUUUCUUCAUUAACAACACAAGAUAGAAAUGCUGUACUAACUCUUGGCACCAACACUCCUGAUGAGACAAUCAGUACAAAUACAGAAAUUACACCAGUACUGAGACCAUUAUUAACUCCUUCAAAUGCAAAUAGCACUAUUUCUUGUGAUCAAAUCAAAGGGAUUGUUAAUAAUUCUACAGUGUCACAAAUCUUAUCAGGCUGCUCUGAUGACUCUUGCAAUGGUAUAUGUGUUUCACCUCAAGAUGCAGAUCCUGUUUAUGAUACAUUUAAUGAGAUCAAAGAAACAGCUGUAAGCCUCCUAGUAAAUAAUACCGAAGGUGUUUUUCACAGUUCAAAUGGUGCUGAGGCAGCCCAAAAUCUGGCAGUUACCCAAAAUGUUGUGGAGGAACCCACUUAUUCACAGAGAAAUUAUUCCACUCCUCAAGUGAUAAUAUGUCAGCUGAAAAAUGGCACUCAUAUACUUUGUGUAAACAAUACUGAGACAAGAGAAUUGAAAGCUAUUCAUUUGGUUCCCCAGUAUCAAGAACAGCAUGCAAGCAACCCGGUAACAUCUGUACUUGGGCAGUUUUUGCCAGUUGCAGGUAAACUGAAUACCUGUGCUCAGGAGCUUGAUAAUGGAUCCAUACAUACAAGCAGUUCAGAUCUGACUCUUCAGGAGCCAACAAAACUAACUUUAGUUGGGUUUCCUUGUGCUUCCUGGGAUACAAAAUCAAAGAAGCCAUGCAACUGCACUAAAUCACAGUGCCUCAAACUAUACUGCGAUUGUUUUGCCAAUGGUGAUUUCUGUAGUAAUUGCAACUGUAAUAAUUGUUAUAACAAUCCAGAACAUGAAAUAGAACGGUUUAAGGCUAUUAAGGCUUGUCUUGACAGAAAUCCAGAAGCUUUCCUGCCAAAGAUUGGAAAAGGAAAACUUGGUGAUAUUAAACCAAGACAUAAUAAAGGUUGUAACUGUAAGCGUUCGGGAUGUCUAAAAAAUUACUGUGAAUGCUUUGAGGCUAAAAUUAUGUGUUCAUCUAUCUGCAAAUGUAUUGGAUGCAAAAAUUAUGAAGAAAGCCCUGAUCGAAAAAUAUUAAUGAAUAUGCCAAUUCAAAUGGAAUUUAAAACCAAUGAAGGAAAUGAUUCUGAAUCAUUUUCUAACUCUGAAAUAUUAUCAAAAACCAAGAAAGAAAGACAAUCUAAUACGUGUAUAUCUUGGGAGGUGGUUGAGGCAACAUGUGCCUGUCUUCUUGCUCAAGCUGAAGAGGCAGAAAAACAAGAUUAUUCCAUUUGCUUAGCUGAACAAAUGAUCCUAGAAGAAUUUGGGAGAUGCUUAUCGCAGAUUCUUCACUCUGAAUUUAAAUCCAAAGGACUGAAAGUAGAAUAAUGUGUUUUACUUGCAGUGUUAAAGUAUUACUUGAAAUUAUUUUAAUUUUGAUAAAAUAUAUACAUUAACCCACUUAGUUUUCUUAUUCUAUUUUUCCUGCUUUUAUAUUAUCAUAAUUGAUAAGUAUUUUGUUCCAAAUUAGCAGAGCAAUAAAAAGUUCAGCUGGAUUCUAUAUUUAAAUUAUUCUUGAAAUGAAUUCCUAAUACGGUCUGUAUGUGUGCAUAUUUACUUUGACUUUACUCCCCUUUGUUCUGUACUCAGUCUGAAUAAAUGAUAUAAAACUAAAGAAUUGCAGGGUCCCUGUUUUAAUGUUCAGUUGUUAGAAUGAAAGGAACUGUGUUCAAUUUGCUUUAUUUACUAGUUUUGUAACAAUGGCAUACAUUUCAGCUAAUA